UCCAGCAGUAGCUUUAUGAGAAUCCAAUCAGUGACGGUGUACUGUGGAAUAACCAAUGACAAUCAAGUGACCCCGCUGAAAUGACCAAUCACCUUCGGAGCUCAGGAGACGCGGGCCAAUCAGCAUCCAGAGAUUCGCGGAGCAAACCAUUUGCGCGCUCUCGUUUCUGACCGGACGAUGACGAGAGGGAAAAAAUCCGCUUAAACCAAGAAACUCAAGAGAAAAACGUACUGAUCGAUUAUUGAUCUACGCAGUGAUAGCAAACAGCAGCUAACCAGCAGGUCAGAGUCUUCUCCUAACACCUGGAGCGUGUGUCACCACCAAUGGCAGCUGGAGAGUCAGUGUGGGACAGUCUUGAUGAGCUGGAGGAUUUCUCAGACUCUGACAGUGAUUAUGAGGCCACAAUAAAAACCACCAAGCGGAGAAAACAUGCAGUGCCUGGACCUCAGCCACCCAAGAGACCAAGGCGUAAAGCUGCAUUGAGGGCGACGUCCAGCCCCCAUAAUAGCCCCAUCCCCGCUCCUGUGGACCCCUCCCUGCAGCAGCAGCAGAACUCCCAUGGGUCAUCCAGGCAGGUCUCUCCCAGACGUGCGAGAGGAGUGAAUGAGAGAAACCCGGGCAUCAGUGCAGAGGACAUAUACGAUGCAGUCUGCUUGGGAAAGAGUGCUAUGGUGACGGUGGUGGACGAAUGGCUGGACAGCUACAAGCGAAGCCGAGAGGUGGGGCUGCUGGUGCUCAUCAACUUCAUUGUUCGGUCCUGUGGAUGCAAAGGUGUGGUUAGUAGAGAGAUGCUUGACAGAAUGCAGAAUGCUGAGAUCAUCAGUUCUCUAACUAAAGAGUUCAAUGAGGAUUCAGUGAACUAUCCACUGUGCACUCCCGGCCCCCAGCUGAAGCAUUUCAAAGCCGGCCUGUGCGAGUUUGCUAAGGUUCUGGUUCGCUCCUGUGGAAAUAGCCUCAUUUAUGAUGAAUACCUCUUCCCCUCCUUGUUGGCUCUGCUCACGGGCUUGUCUGACUCCCAGGUCCGAGCCUUCAGACACACCAGCACCCUGCUUGCAAUGAAGCUGAUGACCGGGCUGGUGGAAGUAGCUGUGAUCGUGUCUGGUCAGCUGCAGACCACCCAGCGGCAGCACAACAUGGAGAACAGCAAGAGUUCGGAUGACAGAGCUUCUGACAGACUGGAGGAGCUGGGGGCCACCAUCAGUGAGCUGCAGGAGAAAAGAGAGGAGCUCUCCUCCAUGAUGAACGCUACCUUCCGGGGUGUGUUUGUGCAUCGGUACCGGGACCGGCUGACUGAUAUACGGGUGUUGUGCAUUGAGGACUUGGGCAUGUGGCUGAAAAUAGAUCCUGAAGACUUCCUGAAUGAUGGAUGUCUCAAAUACGUGGGGUGGACCCUGCAUGAUAAGCAAAGUCCAGUGCGUCUGCAGUGUGUGCGUGCCCUGCAGGGUCUGUACCAGGAGAAAGAAUUCAUUGGCCGCCUGGAGCUUUUUACCAGCAGAUUUAAAGAGAGGAUGCUCAGCAUGGCUCUGGACAAGGACUCAGACGUGGCAGUGGAUGUGGUCAAUCUGUUGCUGCUGAUCCAUCAGAGGACGGAAGAGGGCCUGAAAGAGGAGGAGUGUGGCCACAUCUAUCCCCUUGUUUAUGCUUCACACCGAGGCCUGGCGUUUGCAGCCGGCGCCUUCCUCUACAACAAACUGAAAGGUUUGAUUUCCAGUGAAAACCAGGAGAAUGAAAGAAGUGACAAGGCAGCCUUCUUACAAAUCCUAAUCUCCUUCUACACCCAGAGUGAGUUUCAUGAACAUGGAGCGUACCUGGUGGACAGUCUGUGGGCUGUGGCAGGAUCUGAGCUGAGAGACUGGGAGACGAUGACAACGUUCCUGCUGCAGGAGGCUGGUCUCACAGAUCAGGAGGAGGGGGCUCUCAUAGAGCUCAUGAUGUGUGCCAUCAGACAGGCGGCACAGUCAACCUCACCUGUGGGGAGAGCUCAGGGCAAGAAGCACCUGAGUAUGAAGGAUAAGAAGAUCCAGGAGCAAGACAGGAGACGCAUCACCACACACUUCAUCCCUUUACUGCCACAGCUACUGACCAAGUUCUCUGCAGAUGCCUGGAAAGUGAGCCGCCUCCUCAAAGCUCCUCUCUACUUCAACCUGGAUAUGUACAACAGCGCUCAGUGGCUGGAGAGGCAUCUGGACCUGCUGCUGUCCCAGGUGUGUGGCAUCGUGACGAAGCACACAGAGGCCACUGUUUUGGAGGCUUGCACCUUCCUGGCCUGCGCUCUUUGCUCCGACAAGUACACAUUCUCCUCCCGUGCACACCUGGCAUUCAGCCAGCUGAUGGACGGCCUGACCGAGUGCUUCAACAUGUACUUAAGUGACCUGCUGCAGGGAUCUGCAGAUGACAAUGACAUGUACAGUGCAGCCACUGCCUUGAAGAGGAUUGCUGCCUUGUGUGGCGCCAAAGACCCAACGUGCUGGAAGCUGUUUGACCCCUGUGUUGAGCUGCUGAAGAGCAGGCUGGAGUCUGGAGAGCUCGACAAGGAGCUCAUGGUGCCGGCUCUGAAGUGUGCAGCCUUUCACCUGAUGUGGGCCAAAGUGAAUGCAGUCAACUUCAAACCAGCUGAGGCUGAACUGAAGCGUCUGAGGAGGGAGGUGCGUUCGUUCUGCAGAGUCUGUCAGACGUGUCUAUCAGUGAACCAGGCGGCGGUCAGAGAACAGGCAUUUGAGCUGCUGUGUGACUUACUAAUGUUGUACAGUAAGAGUUCAGUCCGCUCUGAACUCGCCCUCCAAUCCCUGGUCCACCUUCCCUCUGAUUCGCUGCGCUCUGAGAUGGCUGCUUUCCUUCUGGAUUACAUCUUCACCGACUCUGAAGAUCAUGAGCUCAACGUCGAGGGUGAGGAGGAGAGGAAGAUAGCCCUUCUCCAGAGGAAGCGGAACCAGCUGGCGGGCUACUGUAAGCUGGUCAUCUACGGGGUCCUGGACCUCUCUGCUGCCACUGACGUCUUCAAGCACUACAGCAAGUGCUUUAAAGACUUUGGUGACAUCAUUAAAGAGAUGAUGAGUAGGAGCAAGCUCAUCAAUCCUGUGCUGAGCGCCAAGACCGUCUGUCUGAGCCUGCAGCAGCUGUUCUCAGAAAUGCUUACGGAGGAGCACAGCAGGCGGGAUCUCGAUGAGAUUAGAGACUUGGGCAAGAGGCUCGCCAUGAGCUUUGGCAUCGAUCUCCACCGUGUCCGCAAACCACUGGUGGCCCUGCACAUGGACGGAAUACGUUUUGCGUUUCGGGACCCGCAGGAGGGAGAGGAGCAGCUCCCGAACGUGACCUUCCUGGAAAUCCUCAGCGAGUUCAGUUUUAAGCUGCUGCAACAGGACCGAGCCCAGAUGGCUGCGUCGCUGAAAGCAGAGUGUCCCAGUGCUGCCAUCUCCUGGCCGCCGGUCAGAAUGUAUCAGCAGUCCUUGGAGACGCGCUUCGCCUCCAGACCCAGGGAGCAGCAGGAGGAGGGAGGGGGUGCUGUCUUCUCACAUGAUACUCCAGUAGCGAAGCGCAAGAAGACCACGGCUCAAGUUUCCAGUGCUACCAGAGGGUCGUGGUUGGACAGCAGCAGCCUCCACAGUAACCUUCCCACCCCGGCCCUCACCUCCACCGUCCAGAGACAGCCACCCAGGCCACUGGCCUCCAGAAAACCCACAGCAGCAGUGUCUGAUAUCAGCAGCGGCUUGAAUGAGCUGGAUUCUGAGGAUGAGUUCUCCGCAGGGCCCCAGAUGAGAAAGGUGAAGCCCCUCAAACGACGGCAGCUUCACUCCACCAUGACCAGUUUGGAUCAGCAAGACCUGAGCUCCAACCUCACCCUGUUGUCUCUGAUUGAGGAUGAAGAGGCCGAGAGAGAGGAGGCCGAGAUAGAGAAUUAUGACUCUGACCUUGAAACCGGAUACACACUGCCGUCCACACGUCACAGCUCGGCCAGCCACCUCGAUGAUCUCUUUGACUGAGGCCACAGAGACCUGGAUCAUCUCCGGAGCAACUGUUCUGUUUGAUGAAUGCACCUCUUCAACGUUACUGUGUUUUCAAUACAUUCAAGUCUAUUUAGUAUUAACUACUUAAGUCUCAUACUGAGUUCACCUGUCACAUUAGUUUGAAGUCAUUGAUUUUGUUGGUGGUGGGGAAAAAAGCAAGAUAAUGAUUCUGAGGUUUGGAGACAAAGGCUGAAAUAAUUAAUUGUCUAAAUGUUUAUGUUUUGAAUACACAGAGAAGCAGUUCUGUUUUUUUUGACGUUCCAGAAACUUGCCAAAUGGUUCAAAAUAAAUGUUUUUGUUAGAUCACUGUUUCCUGGCAUCAGGCUUGAAGUCUCCUGUGUUCCACAUUUUGAAUUCAUGUUCAUGACAUCUUGCACUUCUGUUGAUGGCACCUUAAAUUCUUGAGAUUUAUUAAUUUAAAGUUUAUUAAAAGAUUCUGAAUUAAGCAUGGUC